AUGAGAGACUUCAUUAGAUCCCAAAAGGGUUCAUCAAUUAAGCCAUUGGUAGAGGCGUUAGGUAGGAAAUACUAUUUGCAGUUGUCUAGAUCCAAACUUUAUAGAGCUAAUAAGUUGGCAAAGGGGAGGUUAGAUAAGCUCUAUGCAGAGUCCUUUGCUGGUUUGUUGAAAUAUGAUCAUAUUAUCAAACAUACCAACCCAACUUCCAUGUAUAAUGCGAAAUCUAUUAGUCCAGAAAGGAUUCCAAACUUUCAGAGGUGUUUCUUAGGAUUUGCAUCACAAAAGAAGGGUUUAAUAGAGGGUUGUAGGCAUUUUAUAGGUGUGGAUGGGUGCCAUCUUAAAGGGCCUUAUGAUGGAGUAUUAUUGUCAACAGUUUCUAUGGAUGCUAAUAAUGACAUUUUCCCAGUAGCAAUUACCAUUUGUGAGAUAGAAAACAAGGAAUCAUGGAGAUACUUUAUGACCUUGUUGAAUGAGUUUAUAGGGGACAUUGACCCUAUCACUAUCAUGAGUGAUAGACAGAAGGGUUUGGUGGAUGCUAUACAUACCUGUUGGUCAAAUGCUAGAGUUAGACAUUGUGUUAUACAUGUUUAUACUAACUUUAGGAAAAAAUUCCUUGGGUUGAGGUUAAGGAACUUGUUUUGGGCUUUUAGUAGGGCUGUCAAUAUCAUUGAUUUUCGGCAAGCCAUGGAAAAGCUUGAAGUUGUAGAUAGAUAA